AUGUCCGGCUCACUCACCCACAUCCUCUUCGAAGGAGCCUCUGGAUAUGCUUUAUUCACCGUAUCCAUGCAAGAGGAGAUCGCAGCCAAGUCAAAGCAAUUGCAAGAAUCCAUCAAUGACAUAACGAUCUUCUCAAGGAUGGUUCAACUAGCUUCUUUCUUACCUUUCACAUCUGCCGCUCAAGCUUUGGAGAAUGCCAACGACGUUUCGGAAGGUGUCCUAAACGAUCACUUGAAGAACCUACUCAACCUCAUAAUGCCUAAUGCAGCUGGGAAGACCAACAAGAAGCAAUCUGGUGUUGUACUAGGUGUAGCUGAAAGAGGUUUAGCAGGUGCGAUCCAAGGUGAACUUGGUAUCCCUUGUGAUACCUCUGAAAGAGCUUUGGAAUUGAUUAGAGGCGUGAGAUUACACCAGGAGAAGAUUCUGAUCAAGGGAGGUAUGCAGAAAGGGGAUGUUGCCAUCGCUCAAUUGGGUUUGGGUCAUUCGUACUCUAGAGGAAAAGUGAAGUUCAACGUCAACCGAUCCGACAACAUGAUCAUCCAAGCCAUCUCUCUCUCUGAUCAACUCGAUAAGGAUCUCAACACCUUCUCGAUGAGGGUAAGGGAAUGGUAUGGAUGGCAUUUCCCAGAGUUGUACAAGCUCGUUCCAGACGCUCAUCAAUAUGCUACUCUCGCCGUCUUGAUUGGAGAUCGAACCAAGAUAACUGAAGACUUCUUGGAGGAGAUGCAAGCUAUAUUAGACGAUGAUGAAACUAGGGCGAGAAACGUCUUGGAUGCUGCUAGAGCUUCGAUGGGUUCCGAUAUAAACGAGAUUGAUCUGAUCAACAUUUCGAACUUCGCUGAACGAGUGGUCAAAUUGGCCGAAUACAGAAAGAGCUUGAGGAGAUACUUGGUAGAGAAGAUGAAUGUGGUUGCUCCUAACUUGUCGGCUUUGAUCGGGGAAACCAUCGCUGCUAGGUUGAUUUCUCAUGCCGGUUCCCUCACCAACCUCGCCAAAUACCCCGCUUCAACUGUCCAAAUCCUCGGUGCUGAGAAAGCUCUUUUCAGAGCUUUGAAGACUAAAGGUAACACUCCUAAGUACGGUCUCAUCUACCACUCCACCUUCAUCGGACGAGCCGGUACCAAACACAAGGGAAGAAUCUCUCGAUUCUUGGCCAACAAAUGUUCUAUAGCGUGCAGGAUCGACUGUUUCUCCGACGUACCCACCAACAAAUUCGGAGAGGCCUUGAGAGCCCAAGUUGAGGAGAGAUUAAACUUCUUCGAGACCGGUGCACCAGUGUCCAAAAACUCCGAAGCGAUCCAAAAGGCUCUUACUGCCAUUGCCGCUGAUCUAGGGGAUGACGAUGAUGAAGAUGAUGAUGAGGAAGGUGACGUCAAGGAAGAUGAUAUUGCCGAUGCCGUCAAACAAGUAGAGAAAGAUCAAAAGGAAUCUAAGAAAUCUAAAUCCAAGCAAGCUUUGGAUCCUGAGUUGGCAGCUAUUGCAGGUGGUCUUCCCGUUCCUGUCGCUUCGUCUACACCGUCAAAGGAGAAGAAAGAUAAGAAAGACAAGAAGGAUAAAAAGGAAAAGAAGGAGAAGAGGAAAUCUGAAGCUAUGGACAUUGAUGUUGAUGUUGAAGAGAAGAAGGAGAAGAAAGAUAAGAAGGAGAAAAAGGAAAAGAAAGAUAAAGAGGAGAAGAAAGAUAAGAAGAAGAAGAGAAAGUCCGAGGCUUGA